GGCGCGGGCGCCGCGCUCGGCGGGGGAUUGCUCGGGCCUGGGCGGGCCUGGCUCAGCAAUGGCGGACGAGGAGCUGGAGGCGCUGAGGGCCCGGAGGAUGGGAGAGAUCAGAGCUGAGCACGGGGAGCCUCCUGGUGAUCCAUCGCAACAGGAGGCAAAACAGAGGGAAGCAGAGAUAAGAAAUACUAUUUUAGCCCAAGUUCUUGAUCAAGCAGCCCGUGCAAGAUUAAGCAAUUUAGCACUUGUGAAACCAGACAAAGCAAAAGCAGUAGAGAAUUAUCUUAUACAGAUGGCAAGAUUUGGACAGCUAGCUGGAAAGGUAUCAGAACAAGGUUUGAUAGAAAUACUUGAAAAAGUGAGUCAGCAAACAGAAAAGAAAACAACAGUGAAGUUCAACAGAAGGAGAGUACUGGAUUCUGAUGAGGAGGACGAUUAUUGAUACCACUGUAAGGCUGCCAAACAAACGCCUGGAGAAAGGCAACUUGCUGUUAUCGGGCAGAACGCAAGACCUGAACAUGUUUACGCUUCUUCACUUUUUUUUUUAUUAUUAUUAUUAUUAUAAAAGGCCAACAAAUGAACUUGUAAAAUAAAUUUGAGAAGGGGGAUUUUAUAACUUACAUUUUUGUAGUCUCAGAGUCCCGAGCAGUGCGAGGUUCCCCACGGCUUCAUGAGCAUGAAUGUUUUGUUGCCCCUUUCUCAGUGUGUAAGCUCUGCUUUCAGCCACUGCACACACUUAACUUGCUGCUGGUGGAGAUACCAAACAUAGCAGGAGCCAAGUGAGAAGCUGGGAACAGCCACUCUCCAGGAGUUUAAAAUCUUGCCUCCAAGUCCCUGAAGUGUUAGAAAGGAGAUUUCCUGAGCCCCUGAAGGACCCCUGUCGAGCCAUUCCAUGGCUCUCAACUCCUUAGUAGAAAUUUAAAAAUAAAGUGAAGGCAUCAAAUAGUGUUUGGAUCAGGGGACUCCAUAUCAGGCAGUCUGUGUAAAGAAAUGGUAACAGCAAACAGCUGAACCACUGCUCCCUGAAGUUAUUGGGCUAUCUCCAAAAAAGCAAGUUAACUGUGUAACAGCACUGUUCAGACACUUGGUAUCGUAGGUUCUUAAAACUACCUCCACUUUUAUCAAAUGGCUGGAGUGUUUCUUACUGGAAAAAAAAAAAAAAAAGACCAUUUUCCUAAACUUUCUGCAACUCCUGCAUGCAUAAAUUAAAACUGAACUUGUGCUACACUUUUAUUCAAAAAUAUGGUUAUGGAGGUUAGUAGGAUAAAUACUGUAAUGUGUUGAUAAACACUCUUCCACCACAGACCCCUUAUCUGACAUAACAGGAUCAUGUAUGAUUCCACCUGCAGUGUUUUUUGGAACAGAAUAAAAUUAUUUCAAGUGA